AAUCAAAAAGCGCAAACAAAUUCAAAAUGCCUCGUGUACUAAAAAAAACAUGAAAUAUUGCUUUCGAAAAGGAACGAUAAACUUGAAGAUUACUUCAACUAAAAUAAAUUCAAUGGAUGUGAAAACAGCAGUCUUGAUGAGUAAUUAACGAUCCAAGCAGUAGAAUGAAAUCAGAGCGGGGAAUAAUUAAGCAGUAGAAAAGACACGAAAAAUUACUGGAGAAGGACCAAAACAUGCUGUCGGUCUUCUGUCCUCAGUACACAAAUCUUAGUCCUAUCACACACUUACAGGCGCGUUAUUUGGCUACUGUGUUACUGUAAUAAAAACUCGUGGUUAGCUUAUUCGUACUUAUUGUGAUGUUUUCUCGUAUGCACGCAAGAAAAAUUCUAAAUCCAUGUGUUUGGUGUUAUUUUCUCUUCCACCCAUAUUACCUCCUUCAACGACUGUUAACGCCACUCGCGAUCUUUACUUAAGUAGCGUUGAAAUUUCAUCAGAACUAUAUGCCUAAUUCGUACCUUUUCAUUAGAGAUCCCAUUUUUGGAAUGAGUGAUGAUACUUUCAAGGUUAUUUUAUAACUUUAGUCAGGCCCAGUUUCCAGGCUCUUCGAGUACUCAGUCUAUAGAGUUUAACAUUCGAGAUAUAGAUGUCUCGGUAACGAGAAACGUUUUUUACUGAAAAGUUUUCAAUCUAGAAAGAAGUUCAAAUAAACAACUUUUUAUAUGAGCCACAGUACCCCGAAGGUUUUAUAACUGCGUGAUGUCAUAAAGGACAACUUAUGAUUUAUGAGAUCUGGUUUAUUUAUUUUAUAAGCUCAAUCUAAACUUGAUUUUUAAAAUCCAGUUGGUUGCUACAAAAAUUCAAAUAUGAAUGACCUGGCCAAGACUUCAGUUUUCAGUUCAUUCACAACCACUAGCUUGUUUCUCAACUUUGGUUCCUAAUAUUAGCUUUACCAAAUGCUCUUCACAAUGCUAUAAUCACUCCAAUACUUUAGGUUUUUGAUAAGAUUUGUUGAAAAUCAACGAGAUAUACAAAUACAUCUCUGUUAUUGCUUUUAGGAUAUUGAUGUGAUGAAAUUAGGACAGCAACUAUUACUAUAACAUUAGCUGCUAAAUAUCACAUACUGUAUUGAAGGGAAUACAUUUCUAUUUUUGUUUGUGGGACAAACUGUCUUACUUUUGACCUGUCUGAUACUUUUAUUAGGUUGUAUUGUCUUCAGAGCAUCAUAAAGUACUAUAAAUGGAAGAAAUGAAUUUCUUCCCAGCACCUUUUUCACUAGGAACAAGCAAUAUGACAGUUGCAGAUGUUUUACCAGCACAUGUUGAUGUGUGUCCCCAGAAUGUCGAAAAGUCCAUUGUGAGCUGUCAAAUCGGUAAUGUGCUCUACAGUAGCAAGUUAAAGUCUCCUUUGAGGGAUUCUAAUUAUGCUACUAUAAUUUAUAACAAACGAACAAAAAGCGUUGAAGUUAUUCACAAAAAGCCGGAGUUUCUUGAGCCUUGUUUCGAUGAUGACGUAAUUGAAGUUCCAAAUGCAGUGAAUGCUGAUAGAGCUACUCUCAUUAAUGCUUUCGGUUCUGUCAAAAAGCAACGUGCUUUACGUGAGAUGGAAAGAAAUAAAACUCAAAAGAAUUCGGUGACCAAUGCUCAGGUGAUCGAUCGAGCUAUGCAUGGUCAAACCAAAUUAAAAUGUGAUAACGAAGCCAAUUCGAAUAAUCCUGACAACGAAAUGGAUUGCUCUAACUCUCAAACUGAUGAACGUUUCCGCCUUCUUCCACCAAUAGUCCUGAAAGCUUCUUGUCCUGAGGAUGUUUAUCCUUAUGAAAAAUUAGUUCCUCCUAGAAUUUCAGAAGCCUUAAAUUCGGAGAUACAACAUAUUAUAUCUGUUGAUGUCGAUUCAAUUGAUGCUGUAAUAAACAAAAGUAUUUAUCCUCAGUGGAUAAGAAAUAAGCUGUGCAACUUGUGUACAACUAAGCCUGAAGGUUAUAUAAAACAUGUUACCAGUUUGGUGUUUCUCAGUCAUAUGUUUGCUUUGUUUUAUUUGCCUAACCGGGAUCUGAUGCGCAAGGUUCCACUUCCAGAUACACCAAAUACUGUUAGCAAAUAUCUCCUUACCCAGUUUACAGCAUCAGUUAGUCGAAAUGGUAUGGGACGUCUAAAAGUACGCGCAAUGUCACCAAUGCUUCGUGAUAAAUUGAUUACUUACAUGUUAGUCUUGAUACUUCAUUGUGACAAUUUUAAGACGACGGUUGAUAGUUUAACUGUAGACUUCAAAAUUGGACGUGAAAGGUUAACUCAAUUUUUCCAAUAUUUGGGAUGUAAAUGUUCAAAGGUUGAAAAUACUCAAAACAAAUCUGAAGUUAACAUGGUAGCUGAACUGGUGACACCCGUAAAGUUACUGGAUCUCAAGUCAAAUAGAGCACCACAUUGAUUCUAGUAAAACAAUUGGCGACUGUAUAUAAAGUUGUUCUUUUGUUAAAUAUUCAUUCUUUCUUUGCCUCGGACUAACUAUUCAAUUUUAGUUAGAUAUGUCACUAUCUGAGAAGUCUCAAGGAGUGAGGAUAUACCAAAAUCACUGAAUCGGUCACACGAUUAAUAGAAUUAACAAAAGAAAUAGUGUUGGAUAUUGUUCUAACAGAAAGUAAAGAAAACUAUCAAUUUGACGUACGCAUCUACGAGAUCGUACAUUGGAGGAACUCCUAGUGACAAUAUUUAUACAGUUUAGUUAACAUAUUUGCAGUCAUUCAUUAAAAUAAACGGAACUGGUAAAAAUGGCAUAAGAAAAGUGUGAAAUUCCAUUUCAUGAUAAGCGAUAUCACAUAAAUUAUGACAGCAGCUGUUACUGGCCACAAUAGAACUGUUGUACGCUUGAGAAACGGUAAAGCUGAAAUAUAACAAACAAAGUAUGUUGUUUAUUAUUGGUCAUGUAUAACUGUAACAUCCAAUACCUGAUAAAAUCUCGAGAUCUGAUAUUUUGUGUCAAACAUGAUAUCUUAAACAAUCUUCAAUAAACAUCUGGAUGGGGGCAAGUAUGCUUAAGGUCAAUUUAGAUAUUUACCGUAUGAGAGACUCAACAACUAACGAACUUUAUCAAAUGUCUAUUAUUCACUGUCUGUAUUAAUAAUUUCAAAAUUAACCACAGUAUAUCUAACCAGUUAAGAUUUGGACAUCUCAUUUCCAACUUGUUUACUUUUAUUCUUCUCCCUAUUUAUCUUAAUGAUAGCUUUGUUCUGCUGUUUCCACUUUUUUUGAAAACUAUAACGAUCUAUAUCGAGUGGUUGGAAGUCACGUACGCAUACUGACUAGUCAAAGCAUUUUUUACUUGUAAAUUUUUUGUAUAUUCUAUCAUGAAUAAUAAUUAUAUUAGUCCACCUAACAGACCACGAUAACUACACGGUUAACAAUUACAAUAAAAUGAAAUAUAACAGUUAUUUUAUUUUUCUAGGGUUGUUGCACACGGUUUUGAUUAAAAAAUAUCAAGAAAUUACUGGCUAAAUACAAGUUAAAACGUGAUGUGAACUUACUACGGUAACCCAAGAAUGUGAUAUAGGUGUAGUAAGUGAAACUCAUCAACCAAAAAGUAUUACCCAGUAACCUCCCAAUGAACCAGUUUUGGAGAAUAA